GGUGUAUUCAUUACGCGGAUUCCGCUUCAAAAGGUCUCGUCUGUUGCAAAACGUUUAGCAACGGAAACCUUUCACUCCAAACGGAAAACAUUUUGCAACGAAAAUAAAUAAAUAUAGGUCCCUCCCAAUUGGUUCUGUUUGCUUCCGCGUAAUGAAUAUACCCUGGGCAAGAAAGAAGUGAAAUGAGAAGCUAGCUAGCUGUUUAGCUACCCGUCUGACUGCUCGGAAAUGUCAACGUGUCUUAUUAGCUAGCUAGCAUAAUCAAAACUUACUUUGGAAAAGCAUCUAUUCGGCAGUGAUGUGAUUUUCCAGCUUGGUUGCAACGGCCGUUAUUCCUGAGACCCCAGAUGAUCCAGCAGAUGGAGGGGGGGGCUGCUGCUGCCCCCGUCCCCAACCCUCUCUCCGAUCUCUCCUCCCCCCUAACCCCUCCUGUGACCUCUGACCCCCCUCCCUCUCCGUACCCCCGGCCCUCUGCCGGCCCCUUCAUCAGCGAGGACCAGUUUGGGUGCCACUGUUGCUACGACGUCCUGGUAAACCCGACAACGUUGAACUGUGGUCACAGCUUCUGCCGCCACUGCCUGGCUCUCUGGUGGGAGUCUAGUAGGAAGACUGAGUGCCCUGAGUGCAGGGAGAAGUGGGAGGGCUUCCCAAAAGUCAACAUCCUGCUGAGAGAUGCAGUAGAGCGGUUGUUCUCAGAGGUGGUGGGUAGGAGGAGAGCAGAGAUCCAGAGGAACCCCAAGAUCACCCAGAGCCUGCUGGCCUUUCAGAGGUAUGGUGAUCAGGCAGCCAGAGGAAUCCCCAAGACCAGUCCUGGUAGAGGAGCAGGAGGGUUCUUCUCUGGAGUCCUCACUGCACUCACCUGUGUCGCGGUGAUGUUUCUGGUGUACCACUGGUCCAGUGGAGAUGGGGUCCAUGACCUCUUGGUCAGUAAACCUGUGUCAAAAUGGACGCCGGAGGAAGUUCUGUUCUGGUUGGAACACCUUGGGGCAUGGACCUCUCUCUAUAAAGAACCCUUCCUACAGGAGAACGUUAACGGACGGUUAUUGUUGAUGCUCGGCGAUGAGGAGCUGACCAGACCUCCCUAUAACAUAGACAACCAGGCCCACAGGAGAGCGGUGCUGGCUGAACUGGAGAGGAUCAAGGAACUGGGGGUCAAGCCACCUCAGAACCUCUGGGAGUACAAGGCUGUGAAUGCAGGUAAAUCUCUGUUCCUGCUCUAUGCUUUGAAGAGUUCUCCUCGCCUCACCAUCCUCUACCUCUACCUCUUCGACUACUCCGAAACCUUCCUCCCCUUCCUGCACACCUGCUGCCCCACCCUCUCGCGCACCAGCGAGCCAAUGGAGAACAGGCUCCCCCUCAACCACCAGGUGCACCCCAGCUGGCGCCAGUGGGCGGAGUUCCUAGUUAAGUACCUCCUCCUUCCAUACCAGCUGAUCGCUGAGUUUGCCUGGGAUUGGCUGUCGGUUCAUUACUGGACGUCACGGUUCAUCAUGGUCAACGCCAUGCUGCUGUCUGUCCUGGAGGGCUGCGUCCUGUGGAGGUUCUAUAACCGAGCUGAGAUCAGGAGUCUCCCUCAGAAGAUGUGGGGUCACUUGUGGAGGAUGUCCUCCCAGGGCUUUGCCUUCGCCCUGUUCUGGCCGGUGAUCCCUCAGUUUGUGUGUAACUGUCUGUUCUACUGGGCUCUGUAUUUCAACCCCAUCAUCAACAUAGACCUGGUGGUGCAGCAGCUAAUGCAUCCUGACACACAAGGGCCGUGAAGGACUGACCUGUUCCCUACGUAGUGCACUACUUUUGACCAGUGCCCCUUAUGGGUAGUGCACUAUAUAGGGAAUAGGUACGUAAGAGCCGUGAGUGAGGAGGUACCGUUUAAACACGGGAUGUGUCUUUUUAAUGGCUCCCUAUUCCCUUUAUUGUGCACUACCCAUAGGGACUCUUGUCAAAAGUAGUGCACUAUGUAGGGAAAAGGGUGUCAAGUGCCAUAAAUGAGGAGAUGCUAUGGCCUGCCUCCCGAAUGGGGCCCACUGUAAAGGGAAUAGGUAGCCCACAGUAUCAUAGCAGCAGGAUGGAUGCCAUCGUAGCCCACAGUAUCAUAGCAACAGGAUGGAUGCCAUCGUAGCCCACAGUAUCAUAGCAACAGGAUGGAUGCCAUCAUAGCCCACAGUAUCAUAGCAACAGGAUGGAUGCCAUCGUAGCCCACAGUAUCAUAGCAACAGGAUGGAUGCCAUCGUAGCCCACAGUAUCAUAGCAACAGGAUGGAUGCCAUCGUAGCCCACAGUAUCAUAGCAACAGGAUGGAUGCCAGUGUAGCACACAGUAUCAUAGCAACAGAAUGGAUGCCAGCGUAGCCCACAGUAUCAUAGCAACAGGAUGGAUGCCAUCGUAGUCCACAGUAUCAUAGCAACAGGAUGGAUGCCAGCGUAGCCCACAGUAUCAUAGCAACAGGAUGGAUGCCAGCGUAGCCCACAGUAUCAUAGCAACAGGAUGGAUGCCAGCAUAGCCCACAGUAUCAUAGCAACAGGCAGCCAUCUGUGAGCCAGACAACCCAAUGUCUUAAUGUGUCUGCGUCUCAAAUGGCACCCUAUUCCCUACAUAGUGCACUAUUUUACCCUGAGAUACAUCCCUAAUGGCACCCUAUUCCCUAUAUAGUGCACUACUUUUGACCAGGGUCUGUAGGAAGCCUCAUAGGGCUCUGGUCAACAGCAGUGCACUAUAUAGGGAAUGGGUUACCAUUGGGAACGCAGACCAAAUUCUAUAUAAUAUUGGAUGGUUUCUCCUAAUGUCUUAAUUAAAAUAGUAUAUUUAAGCAAUAAGGCCAGAGGGGGUGUGGUAUAUGGCCAAUAUACCACGGCUAAGGGCUGUUCUUAUGCACGACAUAAUGCGGAGUAGCCUAGUGGUUAGAGCCUAGUGGUUAGAGCCUAGUGGUUAGAGCCUAGUGGUUAGAGCCUAGUGGUUAGAGCCUAGUGGUUAGAGCCUAGUGGUUAGAGCCUAGUGGUUAGAGCCUAGUACUGCCCCUGAACAAGGCAGUUAACCCACUGUUCCCCGGUAGGCCGUCAUUGUAAAUAAUAAUUUGUUCUUAACUGACUUGCCUAGUUAAAUAAAGGUUAAAUAUAUAAAUCAACAACCACAAACCUCUGAGGAGCCUUAUUGCUGUUAUAAACUGGUUACGAACAUAAUUAGAGCUGUACAUAUAAAUGUUUUGUCACACCCGUUGUAUACGGUCUGAUAAACCACAGCUGUCAGCCAAUCAGCAUACAGGACUGGAACCACUCAGUUUAUAAAUAUAUAUAUAUAUAUAAUGAGUUUAAUUCAUAUUGAAGGAAAGAGGUUGUGUGUUUGUCUGUUAUGGUGGUCAGUGGUAAUAACUAAUAACCCUGUUCCUGGAGAGAUACCCUCCUUCCUGGAGAGAUACCCUCCUUCCCGGAGAGAUAGCCUCCUUCCCGGAGAGAUAGCCUCCUUCCCGGAGAGAUAGCCUCCUUCCCGGAGAGAUAGCCUCCUUCCCGGAGAGAUAGCCUCCUUCCCGGAGAGAUAGCCUCCUUCCCGGAGAGAUAGCCUCCUUCCCGGAGAGAUAGCCUCCUUCCCGGAGAGAUAGCCUCCUUCCCGGAGAGAUAGCCUCCUUCCCGGAGAGAUAGCCUCCUUCCCGGAGAGAUAGCCUCCUUCCCGGAGAGAUAGCCUCCUUCCCGGAGAGAUAGCCUCCUUCCCGGAGAGAUAGCCUCCUUCCCGGAGAGAUAGCCUCCUUCCCGGAGAGCUACCCUCCUUCCCGGAGAGAGACCCUCCUUCCCGGAGAGAUACCCUCCUUCCCGGAGAGAUAGCCUCCUUCCUGGAGAGAGACCCUCCUUCCUGGAGAGAGACCCUCCUUCCUGGAGAGAGACCCUCCUUCCUGGAGAGCUACCCUCCUUCCUGGAGAGAUACCCUCCUUCCUGGAGAGAGACCCUCCUUCCUGGAGAGCUACCCUCCUUCCUGGAGAGAGACCCUCCUUCCUGGAGAGCUACCCUCCUUCCUGGAGAGCUACCCUCCUUCCUGGAGAGAGACCCUCCUUCCUGGAGAGCUACCCUCCUUCCUGGAGAGAUACCCUCCUUCCUGGAGAGAGACCCUCCUUCCUGGAGAGCUACCCUCCUUCCUGGAGAGAGACUCUCCUUCCUGGAGAGAUACCCUCCUUCCUGGAGAGAGACCCUCCUUCCUGGAGAGAUACCCUCCUUCCUGGAGAGAUACCCUCCUUCCUGGAGAGAUACCCUCCUUCCCGGAGAGAUACCCUCCUUCCUGGAGAGAGACUCUCCUUCCUGGAGAGAUACCCUCCUUCCUGGAGAGAUAGCCUCCUUCCUGGAGAGAUACCCUCCUUCCUGGAGAGAUACCCUCCUAAAACCUACAGGAGGGUAUCUCUCCGGGAACAGGGUUGGAUUUAAAACCUACAGGAGGGUAUCUCUCCGGGAACAGGGUUGGAUUUAAAACCUACAGGAGGGUAUCUCCCCAGGAACAGGGUUGGAGAUAACCUACAGGAGGGUAUCUCUCCAGGAACAGGGUUGGAGAUAAAACCUACAGGGUUGGAGAGCCCUGCCCUAUUCACACAGCGUGUCAGGGUUGGAGAUAAAACCUACAGGGUUGGAGAGCCCUGCCCUAUUCACACAGCGUGUCAGGGUUGGAGUUAAAACCUACAGGGUUGGAGAGCCCUGCCCUAUUCACACAGCGUGUCAGGGUUGGAGUUAAAACCUACAGGGUUGGAGAGCCCUGCCCUAUUCACACAGCGUGUCAGGGUUGGAGUUAAAACUACAGGGUUGGAGAGCCCUGCCCUAUUCACACAGCGUGUCAGAGUUGGAGAUAAAACCUACAGGGUUGGAGAGCCCUGCCCUAUUCACACAGCGUGUCAGAGUUGGAGAUAAAACCUACAGGGUUGGAGAGCCCUGCCCUAUUCACACAGCGUGUCAGGGUUGGAGAUAAAACCUACAGGGUUGGAGAGCCCUGCCCUAUUCACACAGCGUGUCAGGGUUGGAGUUAAAACCUACAGGGUUGGAGAGCCCUGCCCUAUUCACACAGCGUGUCAGGGUUGGAGUUAAAACCUACAGGGUUGGAGAGCCCUGCCCUAUUCACACAGCGUGUCAGGGUUGGAGUUAAAACUACAGGGUUGGAGAGCCCUGCCCUAUUCACACAGCGUGUCAGAGUUGGAGUUAAAACCUACAGGGUUGGAGAGCCCUGCCCUAUUCACACAGCGUGUCAGGGUUGGAGUUAAAACCUACAGGGUUGGAGAGCCCUGCCCUAUUCACACAGCGUGUCAGAGUUGGAGUUAAAACCUACAGGGUUGGAGAGCCCUGCCCUAUUCACACAGCGUGUCAGGGUUGGAGUUAAAACCUACAGGGUUGGAGAGCCCUGCCCUAUUCACACAGCGUGUCAGAGUGAUGAUCUAGAGUCAGAUUCCCUCCCCGUCCAUAUAAUCUCAUUCAUUAUGAUUUAAAUGAUGAUCCAUAAUCGUAUUGAUUGAUCUCAAAACUGGUCCUAGAUCAGCCCUCCAACUCUGAGAACCUUAGUGAAUACGUGCCCAGGUUCUUGUUAGUUUUAUUCUCUGUCUGCGUCCCGGAUGGCACCCUAUUCCCUAUAUAGUGCAGUGUGCACUAUAUUUGACCAGAACCUCUGGUCAAAAGUAGUGCACUAUGUAGGGAAUAGGGUGCCACAACAUUCUGUUUCCAUGGUGAUGUGGCGCUAGCUCAGCUUGUCUCGUUGGAAGGCAACACACAUAAUGCCUUUUUACUUAAACAAAAAUAAAUAGUUAGGCACUUGAGUUUCAGAUGGUAAUAGUAAAUAAUCACAAGUUCUACUUCCUGCAUUCAGAAAGAGUUGAAACAUGGCGAUAUCCAACUGUUGUCAUUUUCAAUUGAAGGAAAUCACCUGUUUUGAGUAUUCGUCCCAAAUGGCCCCCUCUUCCCUAUGUAGUGCACUACUUUUGACCAGGGCCUAGAGGGUAAGCCAUAUGGCUUUGGUCAAAAGUAGUGCACUACGUAGGGAAUAGAGAGCCAUUUGGGAUGAACCCUAGGACAGGUGAGACUCCAUUGUUUAACAUAAAAGGGCUAUCGCUUCAUUGGUCCCGCUCGUGUAACCAAUGGCCUGAAGGAUGUUUUGUUUGUAUAUGACAAAAUGUGUAAAUGUUGUCAAUUUGUUUAAUUGUUCAUGAAUAGGUUCAUUCUUUGCGGUAUUCUGUUCCACCUGUCCUGUGGUUGAUUGUUUCAAAUUGCGUAGAUUGAAUUAUUAAAUAUCUGUCUUUUUUAUUUUUAUUCUGAUUUCUUUUUUCAUUUAGAGGAAUUCCACCACUUUUCUGUAAGUAAUGGUCUAUAUAUGGGCGGCAGGUAGCCUAGUGGUUAGUGUUGGGCCUGUAACCGAAAGGUUGCUAGAUUGAAUCCCAGAGCUGACGAGGUAAAAAUUGUCAUUCUGCCCCUGAACAAGGCAGUUAACCCACUGUUCCUAGGCCGUCAUUGUAAAUGAGAAUUUGUUCUUAAUUGACUUGCCUGGUUAAAUAUAAGGGAUGCCAUUCAGGACAAACUAAGUUGUAUACUGGAAGAGGAUGAAUAUGAGGUUUAACAGUGGUGGAAUGUCCCUUUAAUUAAACUGGUGGUGCACUGUGAUUCUCUCUGAUGUGUUACCAUGGUGAAGGUGCACAAGCAUUUUGCUACACCCGCAAUAACAUCUGCUAAAUAUGUGUCUGUGACAAACAACAUUUAAUUUGACUGAUUCCCUCUGAUGCUGGGUUGUUAUGGUUUCUUAGACUUAGCAAACAAAUUAAUAAAAUACUUUUUAUUUUUA